UUUAAUGAAAAUCUAAACAAGUACAUACUCACAUUUUAAAAAUCACUUCUCCCCCUCACAAAUUAACAGAAAUAGCCUUCUUCUCCUUGAAUUACAAACGUGUUAGAUGUGAGCUAUUAGCUAAUUGACUUUGUGAAAUCCUGCAGUCUCUGACUGUUAGGUUGAAGAGGUAAGUAAGAAUGGCAUUACCAUUUUCACGCCUCAUCAGAACCUCCCUUUCUCAUUCCGAUCACAACCCUCUCAUUCUCAUUCCCGCCGCCGCCACCAUGACUUCCGACGCAAAUCACGGCUUCUCCCGCCCCGAGAUGUACAAGGACAACCUCGCCGGCACCGUAGACGCCUACCACCGCCACGUGUUCCUCUGCUACAAAAACCACCACGCUUGGCCCGCACGCGUGGAGGCCGAUUCUCUACCCAAGCGCGUCGCCGACGCCUGGAAAGCUCGCAAGAAUCUCAUCGCCGUCAAGCAGACGAAAAUCACGGUGUGUGAGGCGCGUGAGGAGGAUGAUUUUUCUCAAGGAGAUGUCUUGAUUUUCCCGGAUAUGAUCAAAUACAGGGGUUUGGAGGAAUCGAAUGUUGAUAGCUUUUUCGAUGACGUUAUGGUGAGCGGUAAAUUGUGGAGUGGCGGAGCACAAAAUGUGUUUGCGGGUUCGCAUAUCUUCGUGUGUGCUCAUGGAAGUCGCGACGUGAGGUGCGGUGUUUGUGGACCGAUUCUCAUAGAGAAACUCCACGAGGAAGUUCAGCUCCGCGGAUUGAAGGAUCAGAUAUCUGUUAUGGCGUGUUCUCAUGUUGGUGGUCAUAAGUAUGCUGGCAAUGUAAUCAUAUUCAGCCCAGGACAAGAUGGAAAAUUUAUGGGUCACUGGUAUGGCUAUGUUACUCCUAGUGAUGUGCCUGCCUUGUUGGACCAACAUAUUGCCAAGGGAGAGAUCAUACAAAAACUUUGGAGGUUGCUACUUCUUUUCAUGGGCCAAAUGGAGCCACCUGUUGCUGAAGUUAAGGGAGCAGAUGACCAGAAGCUUGCUAACGGGGAUAUUACUCGCAAGGCCAAGAAGAAUGAUGAAGAAAGUAAAGAUGAAAAUGUGGCUGGUUGUUGCCAGGGGCUUAGUGGGGUUUCUUGCUGCAGAAGUGGAAGUUCUGAGUAUAACAAAGGGACAGAUUAAGCACAAGAAAACCAGGGGAGUUAAAUAAGUUGGAGUUGGCCUGUAUAAGCUUCUAUUCAUUGGAAGUGGAGAAAUAUGAAGUCUUCCAAUAGAUAUAGUGAGGAAAAUUACAUUUUUUAUUUUAAAAAGUUUCAAUACAAUUAUGACUAUUGUAUUUGUUUCUUUACGUUAUUGGCUUCCAGGUUUUAGAGUAAAUUCAAAGUUUACUGUGAUAAUUGAACUUAAA